UUAUUUCAUACGGGUUAUUACCAGUGGAUCCGAAGGGUUUUAGGCUUAAACCCUAAACCCAUCUCUGCUUCAAAUUCAAACCCACCUCAAUCGAGCCCCCUAUUGAAUCCCCAUUUCUUCUUCAACCUCUCUCCCUCUCCACCCACGCCAUGUACAGAGUUGGUGCAGCCUUCGCUUCAUCGAUCAGGUCCUCUGCUUCAAGGACAGUGGUAUGUAGUAGAGUUAUACAUGGCAGAAAUUAUGUUGCAAAGGAUAUCAUUUUUGGUAUUAGGGCUCGAGCGGCUAUGCUACGGGGUGUUAAUGAGCUUGCUGAGGCUGUUAAGGUCACUAUGGGACCAAAGGGUCGUAAUGUAAUUAUUGAGAAUAACCGAGGAGGUCCUAAGGUCACAAAGGAUGGUGUUACUGUUGCCAAAAGCAUAAAAUUUGCGGAAAAGGCUAAAAAUGUUGGUGCUGAUCUUGUAAAGCAGGUCGCUAGUGCAACUAAUUCUGUGGCGGGAGAUGGUACCACCUGUGCCACGGUUCUGACACAAGCAAUAUUCAAGGAAGGUUGCAAAUCAGUAGCUGCUGGUGCAAAUGUGAUGGAUUUGCGUAGUGGUAUUAAUUUGGCUGUUGAUGCUGUUAUAGCUCACUUGAAAAGCGGAGCCCUGAUGAUAAGCACACUAGAAGAAAUAACACAGGUGGCCACAAUUUCUGCCAACGGUGACACUGAAAUUGGGGAACUGAUAGCACGGGCAAUGGAGAAAGUUGGGAAGGAAGGAGUCAUUACUGUUGCUGAUGGAAAUACUUUGGAGGAUGAAUUGGAUGUGGUGGAAGGGAUGAAGCUAGGAAGGGGUUAUAUAUCUCCUUAUUUUGUUACUGAUCAGAAGACCCAAAAAUGUGAACUGGAAAAUCCCCUCAUCCUUAUCCAUGACAAGAAAAUUUCAGACAUGAACUCACUUGUCAGAAUAUUGGAGCUGGCUGUGAAGAAACAUCAACCCCUGCUUGUAGUUGCUGAGGAUGUGGAGAGUGAUGCACUGGCUAUGCUCAUUAUAAACAAGCAUCGUGCUGGGGUUAAGGUUUGUGCCAUUAAAGCACCUGGUUUUGGGGAAAACAGAAGGGCUAAUUUAGCUGACCUUGCUAUUCUCACUGGUGGAGAGGUUAUCACUGAAGAACGUGGCUUAAAUCUUGACAAAGUUCAAAUGAACAUGCUUGGUACUGCAAAAAAGGUCACUGUUUCUCUUGAUGACACUAUAAUUCUACAUGGGGGUGGAGAUAAGCAGCCGAUUGAAGAAAGAUGUGAGCAGCUAAGGGCUGCCAUUGAGAAGAGUACUGCUAUGUUUGACAAAGAGAAAGCACAGGAGCGGUUGUCAAAGCUAUCUGGCGGCGUUGCUGUUUUCGAGGUUGGAGGGGCUAGCGAAGCAGAAGUUGGAGAAAGGAAAGAUCGGGUUACAGAUGCUUUAAAUGCCACAAGAGCAGCUGUGGAAGAGGGAAUUGUUCCAGGUGGUGGUGUUGCUCUCUUGUAUGCCACCAAAGUUCUAAAGAACCUUCAAACAGCGAAUGAAGAUCAGAAGAGAGGGGUCCAAAUAAUUGAGAAUGCUCUAAAGGCUCCUACUUUCACUAUAGUUUCAAAUGCUGGUGGUGAUGGUGCUCUGGUUGUUGGCAAGCUUUUGGAACAAGACGAUCUUAGUUUGGGUUAUGAUGCUGCCAAGGGUCAGUAUGUUAACAUGGUGAAGGCUGGAAUUGUAGAUCCUCUCAAAGUUAUUAGAACAGCCUUAGUAGAUGCUGCCAGUGUUUCAUUGUUAUUGACAACAACAGAAGCCACUGUUGUGGACCUUCAAGGAGAGAAAAAUCCACUUGCAAAUCGAAUGCCAAAUUUGGAUGAUAUGGGUUACUGAUUCAGUUGACGCUGACUCUGAAGUUUUGAAUAUCGUUGAGAAAGCUAUGCUAGUAAUUCAUGGCAUGUUGAGGUGUUGUGUCAUUGUUUCUAGAGUAGCCAAUUUUUUUCAUUCGACAGGCAAGGGGAUUAUGAUAAUUACAAGAAAUAGCUGUUAAUUUUUAGUUAACCAAAGGAUGGGAACACCAUUGGAGUGAUGCGUAACAGAGCUAGUGCCGUUGUAUUAAUAAAUGGAAUGUGCUCUUCAUUUAGAAAAGGACAAGUCGUAUUGACUUCAAUGAAAAUGGGAAAUAUUGAACUA